AUGAAUCCAGCUCCGACUAGGACCCGAUUCUCCUCCUUAUUCUCCCCCUCUAAUCUAAAUCGAAAUAAAUACCCUCUGUUGUCUGUGUGAUAUAUCCAGAUCCACCAUGUCGCUCAAGGGCUACCACGAAGCCUCACUGCAUCCGCCGGCCGCGUACGAUGCGGCGGCGGCGGCGGCGGCGACGGCGGCGGCCGAGUGGGACUGGGGGGAAGCCCUCCUCGAUAGAUCCGCCUACAUGGUCGACAAGAAAGACCACAAGAAAAACCAUACCUCCGCCUGCCAUCGAUUCCGGAGGAGCCUGCACGACUGGGAGGUGGAGGUGGAGGUGGAGGUGGAGAUGCAGGUCAGCCUGUUCAUGGCGCCGCCGCCUCGCGUCUCCUACUUCUGCUGCUCCGCCAGCUGCACCGACGACGGCGACGACCACGGGGAACAGGAAGGCGCCCCCCGCCUGUUCGUCCGCGAGCCUUGGAUGAUCGCCACGGAGGGUGACCUUGCCCUCUUCACUCUCUGCCACGGCCACAACCGUGCCUUCUACAGCGAAAGCAGCAACUACGACUACUUCCUCUACCAGGCAGCAGCCUCGCUGGCGGGGUCGCCGGAGCUCACCCGGCUCCCGCGACCCCAACCCGACAUGCUGCCAGCUUUCGGAAGUCGCUGCUUCCCUACCGGCAGUAUCGGUGUCGUGCGUUACCGCAGCAACAUCCCCGAGGAUGAUGAUGCCUACAGGAUCGCGGCGCUCGCCUACGACUACUUCGACCCCAGCCAUUCCGGAUACUACCUCUGCACCUACGACUCCAAGGACCCUCGGUGGAGACGCACGCCCGCUGCCUCUCCACACCCACCACCGCCUGACGACUUUCUGUCCAGCAAGGUCAUCACCAUCCGCCGCUCCGGCUCCGGCUCCCCCCGUGGCAUCAUGGGCUGGGUCGACCUCUGGAGUGGCAUGCUCCUCUGCGACGUGCUCGCUGCCACCGAUGACACCCUCUGCACCCCGCUCCCGCUCCACUAUCUCACCCUUCCAGAGCCGAGGCAGCUGCGAACUGAGCUCCCUCUUGCCACAGACAUUGGAUACCACUUUCGAGACAUCGCCCUAGCCAAUGACUCCGGCAUCAUCAGGUUCGUCGACCUUCAGGUCCACGCCGAACCCAGCCCGCGCUCACAAACUCCUAGUGGCUGGACGCUGGUCACGUGGACCUUGGAGGGGCUCAAUGGCGGUCUGGACGCCCUGUUUUUCCGGCAGGAGCACGAGAUCCAUUCCCGAGAUAUCUACGGCUACAACCUGCCCCAGUCUCUCUUUGUGUCCAACCCCAUCCUCAGCUCCCACAGAGAUGGCGUCCUCUACCUCUUACCAAUGCCAGCAGCGAAAACACCAACACCAGGAUGUCGAAGGUGAUUGCUCUUGACCUCAACCAGAAGACGCUGCUGGACGUGCAGGACUUCGACAUGCAAAGACCCAGCCCCUACAUGGCCACCACCAUCUCCAGCUAUCUCAUGCCAGCUGCUGCAGUUUCAAAGGAGAAGGAGAAUAUGAAACGGCGUGCGCCAAUGUCUAUGGGAUCGGCUCGCAAGAAGCAGCCUGCCAUCGCUAACCCAGCAGCGGUAGGAGGAAAGGGGAGUAUUUAACCAAAAACUACCACAUUUGCCGGAAACGUGACAGAAAACUACCACUCUACGUUUUUGUGCGAAAAACUACCAAAUUUUUCCUAAGCCGUGGCAAAAAACUACCAACUCGUGUAAUCGCUCGCUUCGCCCGCGCUAACCCCUAUUCUGACCGGUUGGGCCCGCCAACAGUUGCCACGCGGGCUAACUAACGCCCGGCGCGCGCGGACGGCCGUUAACGGCCCGUCCCCUGUCGGAACGGCCGCUGUCGGUCGGGUCAAUAAGUGAGAGCGAGCGAGCUCAGCCACUCGCUCAUUCUCUUCCUCCUCGCUCGCUCUCACUCGUCCUCAUCCUCUCCCCUCUCCCUGGUGCUCUGAGCUAGGUCAGCCUGUCGCCGUCGCCGCCGCGGCCAUUGCUGCCGGUAGAAGUUGAGGAUGCCAUCCUGGAAUGACGAGGAGAGCUCGGACGAGGACAUCAACAUGGUUUCAAUGGAUCCUCAGCUCUUUGAAACCCCUGACAGUGUGGUGGAACCAUCUUUCUGUGGUUCUUACACUGAAUCUGAGCCGACGUGCAUGAUGCAUCAUCAGAGGCCGAAGAAGAUGGUGGCUUUUGAAGGUGCUUUGACUGGGAGGCGAUUCCUGGGUUGUCCUGUGCAACAGGAUGUAGGUGUGAACUGUGGGGUUGUGGAUUGGGUGGAUGGUCCUUGGCCAGAGAUUCUACAAAAGUGCCUAACAAGGAUUUGGGACAUGUACCAUGAGCAGAACUUGGGGAGGGUGAAGGACAAACAAGCCCAUGAGAAAGAGGUGGCCAAGCUACAGAAGGAAAUUGAUUUCCUGUCAAACAACUACAGCCAAUUGGUGGGAGAUGUAUCCAAGCUAUUUGACUAUCAAGAUGGCAAGAUGUCUCAUGACAUGGACUUUACCAGUCAGGCAAUCAAUGAUCUAAAUGCAAAGAAGAAACAACUUGAGGAUCAAGCAAAGAUUGAGAUAAGUAUGGAAAAGAUGAAGCUUGCCAAGGAGCAAAGGUGCAUUCUUCAAAGCCAAGCAGAUAUCAUUCAGAACAUGAGGAAGGCCAUGAAGGAAGUGGAGGGGGACAGGGACCUACUUAAGAAAUAGAAGAAGAAGCUGGAGUAUCUGAUUGCUGAUCUGGUCAAUGCUGGGCAUACCAGCAAAGAUAAGCUGGAGAGGAUCAAGGCAAUUAUGAAUGAGUGAAGUGCUUGGUGUGUGGGUUAAGUAAUUAGCAGGCCUAUAUAUAUAGCUGGCCUUGGAAUGUCAUGCAUGUUAGGUGUAUAUUUUGGGAAAGUUUUAUGUGCUUUCAGAAUGGUAUGAGGGAGGGAGGUACUCUUAUGGUUUAAGAACUAGUUGG